UAAACCACAGCUGCCACCGGAGCCCGUGGUGGAAGGAGCGGGCCUUCUCCCUUUCGCGUCUCUGCCCUGGAGACCCGGGAGGCCCGCACCUACCUCUCCCCCCAGCCCAUGGGGACCCUGGUGGCCAAACUACUCCUGCCCACCUUCAGCAGCCUGGCCUUCCUCCCCGCGGUCAGCAUUGCUGCCAAAAGGCAGUUCCACAUGGAGGCCAUGGUCUACCUCUUCACCAUGUUCUUCGUGGCGCUCUACCACGCCUGCAAUGGGCCCGGCCUGUCGGUUCUCUGUUUCCUGCGCCACGACAUCCUGGAGUACUUCAGCGUCUACGGCACGGCCCUGAGCAUGUGGGUGUCACUGAUGGCACUGGCCGACUUCGACGAGCCCAAGCGGUCGACUUUCGUGAUGUUUGGCGUCCUGACCAUCGCUGUGCGGAUCUACCACGACCGCUGGGGCUACGGGGUGUACUCGGGCCCCGUCGGCACGGCCGUCCUCAUCAUCGCGGCCAAGUGGCUGCAGCAGAUGAAGGCCACGAGGCGCCUGUACCCCGACAAGAGCGUGUACACCCAGCAGAUAGGCCCCGGCCUCUGCUUUGGGGCUCUGGCCCUCAUGCUGCGCUUCUUCUUUGAGGACUGGGAUUACACCUACGUCCACAGCUUCUACCACUGCGCCCUGGCCAUGGCCUUCGUCCUGCUGCUGCCCGAGGUCAACAAGAAGGCUGGAAGCGCCGGGCCCCCCGCCAAGCUGGGCUGCUCCACCCUCUGCUGCGCUUGUACCUAACUGUGCAUCCCCGGCUCCAAGCCCCCGCCCCGCCCCAUCCCAGGCCUGGCGAGCGCCCUCCGUCCUUCCCCACCUGGAGAAACGUCCCUCCUCAGAUGCUGAGGUCUCCAGGGCUGUGGGAAGCACCCCGCUGAGUGCUUCUUGAGGAUCCACUUCUUAGGUUUCUGCUGGCUACUAAGCGCCACUCUGGAAAGAAAAGAACCUGCUCCCUUCUCCUAGGCCGAGGUCCCGACGAGUGGGUAUGUCUGCAGAGCCCUGGAGCCAGCGUCUGCCCCCAACCCCUUCCCCCCUCGCCCAGCCCCAGCCACAGAGGGGCUCUGCCGCCCCCCCCAGUCCCGUGUGCCCCCCACGCCGCCUGUUUUCCCUUGGAAACAGGUAUUCCCACUCCUGACCUACGGCCUCAGGCUCAGCGCGCCAGGGCCGGCAGCCGGGUCCCUGAAUCAAGCCAUUUCCAUGUUCUGAACGCCCAAGGUCUUCACCCUCGUCAUUUCAUCUAAUUCGCAAAACAAGCCAGGGAUGACGGCAUAUUCGAGGCCCAGAGCUGGAGAGUGCAGAGCUGGACCCCAGCCCACUGUCCCUGGUCUGACACCACACCAGCCACUUUGCUCUGGAGCCACCCAAGCAAGAGGUGGGAGCGCCCUCAGGGCCUUUGAGCUCAGGCCCAGAGUGGGAAGGUGGGCCUGGGUGCCAGGACCCUGAGCGGAGGCCAGCGGGCCCCCCGGGCUGGCCUCACGGGGCAGGGCUCGCCUUCCGCCGAGGGCAGAGGUCAGCCUGCUCCCGUCCAGGGCCUGUCUGCACCGGCCCGGGGGUGCGGGCGGGAGCGGGCCUCCCAGACAUCACCUCAGACACUAGCCUCCUGCUCGCCGAACGAUCCGGCACACCUGUCAGGCAGGAAGUUACCUACACCUGUCUGGGGACUCGUCGUGUUGCCAGACGGUGCAGUUACCCACACCCGCCCCCGCCGCGUGGGACGAUUUGUCCUGAAGUCACCUCCUCCACACCUCGGGGGCCGGGAGGGAGCUGGCUCCAGCACCCAGGGCUGGCGACAAGGCGGACCCCUCGACCGGGGCGGCGUCUGCCGGCCUCCCUGAGUGCCCCGCCGUCCCAUGCCUUAGGGCCCUGGACACCGUCGGCCUCGCGCCGGCUCAGGCCCUUUCUGUGCCCACA